AGCCCACACAAUCCAACCCGAAAAGAACCCAAUAACCUAUUCUAGGGUUUGGUAUUCUGAUUCUUUUAAAUCUCAGUUCGAAGCGAUCGAGAGACCUUCCUGUUCCAAGCCGCUGGCAGCUGAACGAGAGAGAGUGAUUUCUAGCACUGUGAGUAAUGAAGCAUAACAAUGUUGUGCCUAAUGGGCACUUUAAAAAGCACUGGCAAAACUAUGUCAAGACAUGGUUUAAUCAACCUGCUCGAAAGACAAGGAGACGAAUUGCUCGUCAAAAGAAAGCUGUGAAGAUCUUUCCUCGGCCCACAGCUGGACCUCUUCGCCCAAUUGUCCAUGGACAGACUUUGAAGUAUAAUAUGAAAUUGAGGGCUGGUAGAGGGUUCUCUCUUGAAGAGCUCAAGGCUGCUGGUAUUCCUAAGAAACUUGCGCCUACUAUUGGAAUAGCUGUUGAUCAUCGUAGAAAGAACCGAUCAUUGGAGGGGUUACAAGCCAAUGUUCAGAGGCUGAAGACCUACAAGGCCAAAUUGGUUGUCUUCCCAAGAUGUGCUCGCAAGUUCAAGGCUGGUGAUUCUGCUCCUGAGGAGCUGGCAACAACAACCCAAGUCCAAGGACAAUUCAUGCCUAUUGUCCGUGAAAAGCCAUCUGCGGAGCUUGUUAAGGUCACUGAGGAGAUGAAAUCAUUCAAGGCAUAUGACAAGCUGCGCGUGGAGCGGAUGAACAAGCGCCAUGCUGGUGCCAGAAUGAAGAAGGCUGCAGAGGCUGAGAAAGAAGAAAAGAAGUAGGAAUUUUGAAUUUUGAUCUGGUCGAUCAGCAUAUCCAAAUGUUGAUGUUGACUGCCUUUUGCAAUUUCUGCUUUAUUUUGUUUACUGGAAUUGUCUCAAGCCAUUAGUAUUAACCUUUACAAUGUUGGCUAUGUAUUUGUUAUUAUUUAUUGUGGUUGGAUUUUUCUCCAA